UAUAGCUCUGCACAAGUAUUAAAUAUGAUGAGAUCAUUUACACAAAAAAGAGAGAUGCUAAGACCUGGAAAAACAAGGUUUGCCACAGCUUUCCUCACCCUUUCAAGAUUUCAUAAACAAAAAGCUAAUUUGAGGAAGAUGUUCACUUCAGAAGAGUGGACUAACUCUAGAUUUGCAAAGGAAACACGAGGUAAACAAGCAGCUCAAACAAUGCUCCAGGAAUCAUUUUGGAAAAAUAUUCUUUUUGCUCUCAAGGUGUCUGGGCCUCUUGUCAAGGUGCUUAGAGUAGUGGAUAAUGAGGACAAACCUGACAUGCCUUAUAUUUAUGAGGCUAUGGAUAGGGCAAAAGAAGCCAUUGCAAAAUCUUUUGAUGAUGAGAGCAAAUACGAGAAAAUAUUUGAAAUCAUUGAUGAGAGAUGGAAUGUUCAGUUGCAUCGUCCUUUACAUGCAGCUGGAUAUUAUUUGAAUCCAGCAUUUUUUUACUCAAAUGAAAGUAUUAGAGAAGACAACGAGGUUAUUGAAGGGUUGUAUGCUUGCAUAGAGAGGCUGGUUCCCACCGUAGAAGUGCAAGACAAACUUUCGAAGGAGUUGAGCUUUUAUAAGAAUUCUGAAGGGUUAUUUGGCAAACAAAUAUGUAUUAGAGGAAGGAAUCAAUUAUCACCAGUUGAAUGGUGGUCUCAAUUUGGCACUGGAACCCCUAAUUUGCAAAAGUUUGUCAUGAAGAUUUGUAGUCUCACUUGUAGCUCUUCGGGUUGUGAAAGAAAUUGGAGUAUCUUUGAGCAUGUAAGCAUUUCAAUCUUAUUAGUAAUAUUAAGUAUUAACUAGAUGAUUUCUUAUAUCUUUUAACUUACUAAUUCUAAUUUAAUUAUUAUGGCAGCUUCAUAACAAAAAGAGAAACCG